AUGAGCUGUAUACUCAACUCAGCAUCGACCUAUAGCCAUUACAGUGGUAUCCUGGCUAUUCUCGAGCGUCUAGGUGGCGUCGACGCUGUGAUACAGACGGCUGCCGAGCCGCUGCACAUGCUGAUCUCGGAAUUUGCGACAACAGAUCUCACAACAUCCAUGAUUCAAGGAAGGCCUCCUUGUUUUGCCCCCGAAGUGUGGGAUCUUCUUGAUCGGGUCCCGGUUUGGUGGGGCCGUGACCCUUUGGGUAGAUGCUCUCUCGCGUCCGUUUUUCGCGAGAUCGCUAGUAUGAGCCAGUACCUGCAGGCAACGGCUGAGAUGACUGAAGAGUUGUCGAUGGAGCGCAUCCACAAAUUCGAAGCUGCCCUCCGCCCCGUAUACGCGCCCCCGUCCCUCGAGGAAUCUGAUGGCCGUAGCCCUUCAGAGUUAUCCGAGUCCUCUUCCGUCAUUGAGGCGGAAGCUACACACGCGUUUACCCUUGUCCGCAUAUUCCAGCACGCCGCCUUGCUGUACCUGUACAGAGCCAUAUGUGGUCUUCCAACUCUGCACCCACUUGUCCAGCAACAUGUCAAGUCCUGCCUUGCCUGUAUCUUCGAAAUCCCCAAGGAGGCGAAGGUCCGCAACUGCAUUAUUUUCCCGUUGUUCGUUGCAGGAGCCCAUGUCAAAUGUCCAGAGGAGCAGAGGUCCGUUCUAGGCAUGGCUGAUGUGGUUUACGACGGAAUGCGCUUUGCUUCGAUUGAGGCCGUUAAGUCCGUCUUCAAAGCGGUCUGGUCGUCCAACUCUGAUACGUCCUGGUUAGAGAUGUUCAGAUAUCUAAGUCCGAACGCUUUAGUGCUCUAA